AAUACAAUACUUUUAAUUUUAAUUUCUCGUAGGUUCUUAUUGCCACAUGUGUUGACGUCGAAGGGAAUAACUCCGACACGUGUGGAAAGGUUCCUGAUGCAUUAUCAGCGCUUAUCAUGAUCUCUAUGACAACGGCUGGCAACUAAUCACUUGAAAUAAUCAUAUAAGUAAAGCUAUAGUACAAAGGAUCAACCAACCGGUUGACCGAGCACAAACAUAAAUAGAAAUGAUUCUCUCGUAGGAUCUAUAGACGUGUUGUGAGAAAUUGUGUUUACAAUAAAUAAAUGUAAAUACAACAGUGAAAAAACAACGGCCAUGUUAAGCACCCUUGCUCUGGUUAUCACUUGUCAAUCACGCAAUGACAGGCUAGCGCAAAAAAAAUCAACUAAAAUUACGCUGCAUGUUCGGUACAAUUCUGAAUAAUGUAUGAUUUCUGGAUUCCGACCCAAGGUUAGAAAAUAGCGGAGAAACGCAACGAGAAGUAUAUCAUUAUUGCUACAAUAUGGGAAUAAAAACGGCCUCUAAAAAUGAAGGUUGGUUCGUGCUGACCUUAAUUACUCACCGCGAAUCAUUGCAUCUUCUUUCCGGUAUGAAUCGUCAUAUAAAUACCAGCCAAGACGGCUCUACCAUCAUUGUAGUUCUUCAAGAGUAACUCGACAACAGCAACAACAUGAGCCGUAAUCUGAUCAUCUUUACCCUCGUCGCGGUAGUUUACGCUUUGGCGUUGAUUACGAUGGCGGAAGGUCGGCGAGAGCGUCGUAACAUAUUCGGACUGUUCAACGGUGGCUUGCUGGGACUGGGAGGCGGCGGCCAUCAUGGCCAUCAUGAUCAUCAUCACCAUCAUCACGAUCACGGUAGAUUCGGCGGACACCAUCACCAUGGAUUCGGCGGACAUCACGGAUUUGGAGGACAUCACCAUGGAGGAUUUGGGGGAAACCAAUUUGGAUUCUUCGGAUAAAAAGUUAGACACUCUCGUUGAUCGUAUCGAUCAGCGAACUGUUGUCAUCCAACAGGCACCUACUAAAACGUCUAUCACUCUAUCCCCUCCUAGUACCAAACGCAACGCCCCACCAUUUAUUUAAUUUUUGUUUUCAAACGAGAAAUAUUUUCCCCAUUGAUUUGUAUCGAAUACAAUGGAAAGUAAAAAUAAAA